GCACUGAAAUUCUUGCCACUUUUUUCUUCAGCGCUCAAAGAUAUAAAAAAAUUGUGUGUGACCUGCAAGCCCCUGGCUUUACCUACCCACCCUCCUCCUCCCCCUUCACAGUUCUUGACAAGCGAAUCGCUGAAUCGGAGCCGAAUUCCAGCUCGGCUGGGCGAGUGAUUCCACCCCCAAUUCCGACAGCCGGGCCAGUCUCUUCGGCAACAGAAACACGAAUUCAUAAGAGGAUUCCGUCCCGUUCGCGCGACGCGACGACGUCUUCUCGAGCCCCCCGGCCCCCACCCCAACGCCUGCGAUCUCCGCUGGCUGCCGGACUCUCCCCCGCCGCCGCCGGCGCGCCGCGGGUCUCGGGGCACCGGACCCGCCUCCACCCCUUAGAUCGGGCGCCUCCUCCGCCAGCCGCUGGUCUCACACCCCGCCUAUCCCCGCUGGGGCCGGGCGAGCUCGCCGUGGAGAGGAGAGGUUGCCGCCGGCGGCAGGACGCGCGACGGCAGGGGAGUCCUGCUCUUCCUCCUCGCCGAGCCCCCUUGCGGAUCCAUCCGUGCUGAUUUCUACUGCUGCCUCUUGGUUGAGCAUGUAUGAAACUGAUAAUGGGAUACAUCAACAAGUCUGCUGCUACUAAUGCUUGAAAGAUUCCAACUUGCCAGUUGCCGGCAGUGGCCUGGGACAAUUGUGAAGUUACCAAUCGUGGGCAUUGGUGUUAACAGAAUUUUCAUGUUUGGAUGAUAAAAGGACUACUUGGGAUGAGAAGGGUUUGAACAAGUGUUUCGAUGAACAUCCUACUAGAGCUUAAGCAUCUCAAGCUCUUUAGCUUGCCCGCAAGGCCUGUCAUCUGCAAAGGCCUUCUGAUAGUGAUUGUCCUUGUUGUACUGAGAGCAAUUUUAUCUCCAUUUCUUGCCAUAAACUCGUCUGAGAAGGAAGAAUUUUACGAGUCAACAGUCCCUGACUUGUUUCCUGGAAUCAGACGAGACAAGUUUGUUGAGGUCCCACAGAUUAUAUGGGGAUUGAACAAUCAGAAGAUUGCAUUCGCCAGGGCAUGCUUGACUGCAAGAUUCCUGAACAGGUCUCUUCUAAUGCCAAGCCUGAGUGCUUCACUCUUCUACAAAGAGGUUGACUUGCUGCAGCCUAUCGAUUUUGACAAGGUGUUUGACUUUAACAAGUUCAAUGCACGUUGUCAUGGCUUUGUAAGGUUAGCUCGGUAUUCUGAAGUUUCCAAUAGAAGCGAGCCUAUGAAACUUCAAAAGGGAAGUGGUAGAAGGUGGACCGUAGAGAGAGAUUUGGAUCAACUGCAGCAAUUCAUAGGGGGCAAGGCGGAUGACUCUGAAGUCAUUGAAAUUGCUGGGAAACAUCCGUUUUUGUGGCCUGACCACUGGCCAGUCAAAGACUAUGCCAAAAUCUUUGAUUGCAUGGUCUUAGUUCCUGAGAUAGAAACCGAAGUGGUUAAGGUCAUAUCCAAGAUUAGAGAGGCAGGCCAAAGAGCAAGACAUGAAGCUGGGAUUUCUCAUAGUAAGCAGAGGAGAGAUGUUUCAACUAAUCUGCCUAUACCGUACGUUGCUGUUCACAUGAGAAUAGAAAAAGAUUGGAUGAUACAUUGCAAGAAGUGGGAGCAGCGGUCCAAGUCACAUGAAAUCUGCAGCAGUAAAGAAGAGAUCAUUCAUAAGGUCUCACAGAUCACUGAUCUACGUCGACCGGUCGUUGUUUAUCUGGCAGUAGCUGACAGCCUUCUUGAAGAUGAUUCAAUAACCAGUGGGUGGAGAGUGGGUAUGGUUGCUUAUGAGAAGAAGAAACUUGGAGUUACUGACAUCUAUGAUAGGCAACCAUAUCUUAUAAAAUCUGCCAUCGACUUUGAGGUGUGCUCGAGAGCAGAUGUGUUUGUUGGCAAUAGCUUCUCGACGUUCUCCAACCUUGUGGUGCUGUCCAGAACAGAAAGGUUAUAUAACCUGGGAAAGGCGAGCUCAUGUGGUGAGAACAUCGGGCUUUCAUCAUAUGCAUACAAUGUCAUGGGCGAUGAUGGUGGACCACAGAGAUGGAUGACGGAUAUGUCCGAUACAAACCUUCAGAGGCUAAGUUAUGGAACGAAUAAUGUCUCGUGCCACUGACUUUUGACGCAUAACACUUGACUCGACAUGGUUCAUACUCAGGAGGAUGAUCCUUGUUUGAAUUUGAUUUUAUCUUCGAACAGGACAAGUAUGUGCAGCUAGUCUGUGGUGCUUCUAUGUUUGAAGCUGGAACCGACAUGUCGCACUUGUGAAAGACUACGGCAAAGAGUUGGCUGUAUACUUCGUGUCUAUAGAUGUGCUGAGAAGCAUUGACAUGUGUUGGACAGUCUUUAGUUUGUAAAGCUGAAUUUUGUGUGAUGGUUCGUAUCUGUGACAUGUUCAAUUUUUUCUGAUUUCAGAAGCAGAUCUACACAUUUGUUUGUCUGCAGUCAGUGUUUCUGCUGUAAGAUGGUUUGCUGUGUUUUGAACUAUUAAUCUGCACUCUGCAGCAUUAUCCAGUAAUCUCCUUGCAAAA